AGAACAAAGUCCGACCCUGAAAGCGAAAUUACUUCGGGUCAGACUGGCCGCAGCCCGAGAAUCGUGAUGCUGCACAAUUACGUUAUUUAACUUCGAUACGCUCUCUGUAGCCAACACCGACGAAAACAUUACUUUUAUAAAGCUUAUUCUUAGCGUAAUAUAAUCUGUAAAAUCGACAACAUCGCAAUAAUUAAUUUACAGUAAAAAAACACGACACGAGAGAGACGGAGAAACAUCCAGAAAAAAAACGAUACAAUUAUUCAUUAAUUACAGCAUUAAUUUAAUCAUUCUGCCUAAUUACGCGAGCGACAGAGAUAAAGGAAGCGUGAAAAACAAGGACGGCGCUAGUCUGACUCCCGUCAAACGAAAAUUCAAUCAACUUUAAUUAGCUUGAAGCGGAGAACGAGGCACGGAAGAUCGAUACAAAGAAAGAUUCGUUCGAAAACGCUACCAAAUCGUCGUUUAGUCAAGUUUUCACCGGUAUUUGUGUUGAAUUUAGUGAGAAAUUACCGGUAGAAAAUAGGUUCUCGGGUGCGGGAGCGUGCGAGGUGUAAUUCCGAGUCAAAUUAAGGAAAUUAAGGUAAACAUAACCUCGAAAUUAUGGAACACAGGUUGCUGGUGGAGCUGGUGAAGCAGUACCCGCAGAUAUGGGAUCGGAACAGUCCGUUUUUCAGGGACAAAGAAUUGAAGGAGAAGGCCUGGGCCGAGGUGGCGGUCAAAACGAACGCCUCAGUUGACCUAUGCAAGGACGCUUUCAAAUCACUACGUGAAAAGUACCUGAGGGAACGCGAAAAGGCCCAAAACCAAGGAGACUACUACAAACCCUGGGAACUCUUUGACGAUCUACGAUUCCUCGAUCCCCACAUUCUCACUAGGGCUUCGGUAUGGAAUGGUAGCACCAAAAGCGAAGAAGAAAUUCUCCCAGACCACAACGAGGCAGACCCAACAGGUUUCGAUAAAAAACUAAUUUAUUUCGUGAAAAGGGCGUCUCCUAUAUGGGACAGGAACUCCAAUACCUAUCCUAACAAGACUUCGAAGCAUCAACUCUGGGAGAACAUCGCGUCAAGCUUAAACAGAGACAUCAAUUGCUGUAUGCUUCGAUGGAAAGCAUUGAGAGAGAAAUAUAUUAGACAGAAAAUAAAAUUCCAGGAUGGAGAAGCAAAAUGGGAGCUCUUGGACAGUCUGAAUUUCUUGGAUAAGGUUAUACAGUACAGGAGGAAACAGUCAGACCUCAAGAUGGAUUAUGGAGACUGUAUGCCGGGACCUAGUCUAACUCCUUACCAAGAAAGGGCUUAUGCUCAAAUGAAAUACAACUUUGAUACCGAUGACACUUCCUUUACUGACUCUUCUAAUGACUUUCUGCACGCAGUUAAAGAAGAGAACAUUGUUCAACAAGUAGCGGACAGUUCUUAUAAUAGUUUUAGUUGCAAAAAAACGAGGGAAAGAUCUGCUAGUGCGAAUAGUGAAGCACCGUCAGAGAAAAAGGUGCGAAGAGACGAAGAACAAGCCACUACCUCGAGGAAUAAUGAAGUUAAGAAGAGCGAGACUGUUGAAAAGAGUCCAGAACAAUUAUUCGGUGAUUUGGUCGCCAGUUUGUUGUGUAAAAAACCGGAAAGCCAGAGAAAUUUGUACAUGAUCGAAAUCAUGACAGUGUUGUCGAAAUAAGAAUUGAUAUUAUUUUAUAGAAAGAUGUUUAGUUCAAAACGAUAAUUUGAAAUACAUGUAAUAUCAAAAAAAAUGCUAAGACCUAGAUUGUUUUUUGAUAAAAAUAAACAAGAUAUUUUGAAUUGUCGUUUGUAUAUCUUGAAAUCUCAUUAAUUGUUAAUAAUUUGUUACAAAAAUA